AUGGACCUAGAUUACGAUUUCGAAACUGCUGAAGCUAAAGCUGGCGCGUUUUGUGAAGCAGCGGAAGCAGUAAUCAGUAAUGUGAAGUCUAUGGAACAGACGCGAGAAGACCUGAGGCUGCUGCUCGAGAGAACAAGAACAUUCUUGAAUGAGAAAGAGAGCCUUGAGUCCGAUCUACGAAACAUCGAAGCUUUAUCAGCCAAGGCUAGAGAACUUGACAAAAACCGGGCGGCUAUGUCGCCACGAGUUCGGAGACAUGUGGACGAUUAUAAGAAAGAUAUGAAGGACCUCAAGGAAAAAAUAAGAAAGAAAGAGGCGGAACUAAGGGAGUCUUAUGAAGAAUAUGAGGAAGAGAAGGUGAGGCUUGCAACAGCGGAAAAUGCCCAGAUUGAAGAAAUGAAGAAUGCACUAGAGGCUUACCGAGGGGAGGCAACGGGACCGUUAGUCACGUGA